GUUUACAGACACAGGUUACUCAUACACUCAUGGCUUGGCUCAGUUCUGCAUAAACAGGAGGGGACAAAUAUAGUCUGGGUGUCAAAGCAGAGCAGGUAGACACACAGAAAAAAGGGGGAAAAUGUUUAUUAUGACUGUGCUCUGGCUUCUGCUUUUACUGCCUGGCUUCAGCACUCUAAUGGGAUCUCCUCUAGACGAGCCACAGGAAAAAGUCUCUGCUUUGAAUUCCUCUGCUGACACCACAGUAAGCAACCGUUUACGUCGUUCAAUUCUGAUGCCUGAGAUCACCCAUCUGGAACUGCUGGUGGUAGUGGGGCCAGAUGUCCAGCAGGUCCACAAGCAGGACACAGAACGAUACAUCCUCACCAACCUCAACAUUGCCUCUGAGCUUUUGAGAGACUUGACCCUGGGUGCCAACAUGAGGGUACACCUGGUUCGCAUGAUCAUCCUGUCAGAGCCAGAGGCAGAGAUCCAAAUGUCCACCAACAUCACCUCCUCUCUCAGAAGUGUGUGUGAUUGGGGCAGAAGGAUCAACCCCUCCAAUGACUCAGACCCACUACACGCUGACCUCCUAUUGUAUAUAACAAGGUAUGACCUGGAGCUGCCUGAUGGGAACAAGCAGGUCAGGGGGGUGACACAGCUGGGUGGGGCCUGCUCCAGUGAAUGGAGCUGUGUGAUCACAGAGGACACGGGGUUCGACCUGGGCAUCACCAUCGCUCAUGAAGUUGGCCACAGUUUUGGAAUCAACCACGACGGAGUGGGGAACAGCUGUAGUCGGAGUGGCUUCAUGAUGGCCUCGGAUGGAGGCUACAACAGUGUGGAUUUGACCUGGUCCCCCUGCAGCAGACAGCAGCUUCUCACUUUUUUCAGUGAAGGGAAAGCUGAAUGUGUCAAGGACUUUCCUGCACUGAGAGGCUCCCUACAGGACUGGAAGCCCGGGCAGUAUUAUGGAGUUGACGACCAGUGUCGCAUAGCUUUUGGCAGCACUGCAAGAGCCUGCUCAUUCUCCAAUCCUGACAUGCCGGCUUGUCGUGUUCUGUCCUGUCACGUUAAACCUGAAGAUGUCAGCUCCUGUAAACGUCUCCUGGUUCCACUGCUGGAUGGGACAGAGUGUGCACCCAAUCAGUGGUGUCUGAAGGGACGCUGUGUAUUCCCAGAUGACUUUGGCUUCUCUGUUGUGGUCAAUGGCUCCUGGUCCACCUGGUCUGAGUUUUCCUCCUGCUCCAGGACAUGUGGUGGAGGGGUCGUGCUCCGUACGAGGGAAUGCAACAACCCAAGACCUGCUUUUGGAGGAAAUGAUUGUGAGGGUCCAGAUAUUGAGGCUGAACUUUGUAACCAACAGCCUUGUAAGCAGACCCAGUUGGAGUUCAUGGCAGAGCAGUGUUCACAAACAGACCUCCAACCCCUAUACCUGCUACCCAACACUGCCUCCUUCUACAAAUGGAUCCCCACUAUUGGCUUUGUCAAAGGGGAUGAGCAGUGCAGAUAUAUGUGUCAGUCAGAUAGAGAAAACUUCAUAGUAAGCCGUGGGUCUUGUUUUGUGGACGGUACUCGCUGUGAGUCGGAGAGCCUAACUUCUUACGGCACAACAGCUGCAUGUCUUCAAGGCAGAUGCCAGCUGUUCGGGUGUGAUGCAGUGCUGCACUCCGGGAAAGUGUGGGAUGUGUGUGGGGUGUGUGGUGGAGAUGGGUCGACCUGCAUUUUAAAAUCUGCCUCCUACAGUGGUGGUCGUGCCAAAGAGUACACCACUUUUCUGACUCUGCCAAUUAAUGCCACUCAGGUCCAUAUUGUUAACAGGGCACCUGUCUUCACUCACUUAGCUGUAAUGGUUGGGGAUCAAUACAUUGUGUCUGGAAAGGGUGCCAUGGCUCUGAAUGUCACCCAUCCCUCACCACUAGAUGAAGACCAUAUACAGUACCGCCUUCACCUGACUUUUGACCUUUUACCUGAGAUUGAAGAAGUGGUAGUACCUGGACCUCUGAAACAGGAGAUAACUGUACAGAUCUAUCGCAAAUAUGGAAAAGAAUAUGGUGAAAAAACCAAUCCAAACAUUCACUUUCAGUUUUAUGUACCAAGAAACAAGAACUUGACAGACAGCUCACCUAGAGGCAAAUGGGCUGCUUUGACAACACCUUGCUCUGUCACUUGUGGAUUGGGUAUAGAGAAGUAUGAGCAUGUCUGUGUAGAUGAAGACACCAACAACCUUUUGAAGCCACACUACUGUAAAGCCCCUCCUCCAACCACAGCACUGCACAGAACUUGUCAGCUCCCGUCCUGUCCCCCCAGAUGGUCUGUGUCAGAGCCAGCAAACUGUUCUGCAGUGUGUGGACCAGGAGAAGCAAAACGCAACGUGUCAUGUAUCCGGCAAGAAGAUGGUUUGGAUGUCUUGGUGGAUCAAAGUUUUUGUUUAAAUCAGAUCAAACCUCUGGAUUCAUUGCCAUGUUUGGUGAACGUCUGCCCCAUUGGGUGGGAAUCUGAGGGGGAGGUACAGCCCAGUUUAAAGUCUAGUUUGUUACCACGCUCUAGACAGGCUCCUGUGUAUGUCUGGAGCCCUGUUGUCAGCCAGUGUUCUAGGACCUGUGGAAAUGGAACCCUACAAGUGUGGUUUUCUUGUGUGGAUCACCAGACCAGACUGGGGGUGCCUGACUUCAACUGUGACUCUUCCAGCAAGCCUGAUCCUCACACUGAGAUGUGUGGUAUUUCUCCCUGCCCUUCAAUGUGGCGCUCAAAGCAAGGAGUCUGCAGUGUAACGUGUGGAGGCGGGGUAGCCAAGAGAGUGCUGUUCUGUGCUAGAGAGGCAAAUGGGGAGCAGGAGGAGGUGUUGGAGGACUACAACUGCAGCAGUUUUCCCAAACCAACAGCAGUGGUUUCGUGUAAUACCCACAGCUGCCCUGCAAGGUGGAAGGUAUUCAGGACAUCGGCCUGCUCUGUGUCCUGUGACCUGGGUGUAGCUCAGAGGAAUGUGUCUUGUGUCCAGUUUAUCCAUGGAAAGGAGAGCGUGGUUCCAAAGGAUAGCUGCCAUGCGGGUGUCAAACCUGCCACCACGGUGCCUUGCCUGGUGCAAGUGUGCACCUUCAAGUGGGAGGUGAAACCAUGGAGCCAGUGUUCAGCACCCUGUGGAUAUGGUAUCCAGUCCAGAGCUGUCUCCUGCAUGGGCCCCUCUGAACCUGAGCCUCUCAGCCCCCUGUUUUGCAUGCACAUACCCAAACCAAUCACAAUCCGAGGCUGCUACAUGGGCAGCUGCAGGGACGUCACCUCGGACAAGACCACUUCAAUCAGGAAAGCAAACCUAACAGAAAAGCCUCUCCCAUCUCCCACUCCGGUACAUAAAGAUGCACCACAGCAACACAUAGGCAGCAUUCCUCCGAGGUCAACAGAGGCCAUGACCAUCAAACAGACUACCACAGCCAUUCCAACACCUAAGUAUAGUGCAUGUGGACAGCUACUCCUGGAGGAAUCUGGCACUGUGGAUUUAAACAACGCUCCGAGCAGAUGCACAGUGUCAAUAGGUAGACCUAUCGACGAGGUCAUCAGCAUUAGAGUCAUAUCCAGCUCUUUGGAUUGCAGAAAAAGGGAGUAUGUGGCAUUUUUCGAUCGUCUGGCUUUCGUGAGGAAGUGCGUGCAUGCAGCAGGCAGUGAACUGUCCACCAGAACCAAUGUCCUGCUUGUUCGGCAAAGUCUGGUCACUCCUGGAAAUGGGGUUGUGUUUACCUACAGAUCGGAGAAGAAUACAAAAAGGAACCACCAUCAAGGUUGCGACGUUCAGCUAUUUUCCCCCGGCGGCAUUUUUGAGAAUCCAGUCACAUCAAACAGCAGUCACACCUGCCGAGUGCUCAUCAACGCCCCUCCCUCAGUGAAGAUCAGGAUCCAGGCGCUGCACAUAGGAUCAGUAUUCAACACCACCAACUCCCAGUCUACAUUUAUUAUGAUCCGAGACAUGGAUGUCUUAAAGACCAACGUGUUCAAUGGCCAGCAGCUGUUUCUGUGGCACUCCUCUGGAAAUAUGGCUGAGGUUGAAUUUCACGGUGAUUACCUGUACUCCAAAGGAACCUUCAGAGCUGAAUAUUCCUUUGUGCGUUUUUAAUCCGAGCAACAAACUUUUAGGAAUAGGUUAAAGAUUAUAUAUGUAACAUUUCUUAGGUUUGCUGUACCUAAAAUGAUCAUUUAUCCUAUU